CUUUAUAUAAACAAAGACGUAAAUUUUGAACUGGAUUUAAAAUCCAGUAGGCACUCAGGCGCGCCAUCGCCUACCGAACAGCAUCUCAACGCUGGAGUGUGACAGGAGGCCUCCGACGUCCCCCCCCAUCGAUUGCUUCCUCCAGUGUUCAGACUGGCGGAAGAAUCUGUCUGGGACACAUCAGCCUGUGACCUGAACCUGAUCGCCAACCAACCCAUCCAUCCAUCCAUCCAUACAUCCACCCAGCCAUCCAUCUUCUCUGUUCCAGUGCUCCGCUCCGGAUCAGCAAACUCUUCUGCACCAUUCGUUCCACACACUGAACUCCAUGGACCAGUCAUCAUGAGACUUUGCAACACCUCCGUGUCCUCGCUCCUCCCCCUCCUUCAGUCCCCGCCCCUCCCUGGGCUCCACCGCUGCUGCCUGUCAACCCUCUUAGCCAGUGGCAGGGCAGCAUCGUGCAGACGCCUCAGCACAGAUGGACCCGCCCCACAGCAUGUGAUUGGACAGGACUCGGUGGAGGUGUUGGGCAACUCUUAUCCUCGCGAUGACUUCACCAAUGUCACACCAAAGAUCUUGGCCAAAGUUGGACGUAACCUCCACAACCAAUCUCAUCAUCCUUUAUGGCUGAUUAAGGAACGUAUCAAAGCUCACUUCUACAGUGCCUACAUUGGUCGCUGGGGCAACCCACUUUUCUCUGUCCAUGACAACCUGAGCCCGGUGGUUACCGUGGAGCAAAACUUUGACAGCUUGCUGAUCCCGCCCGGCCAUCCCAGCAGGAAGCGAGGAGAUAACUACUACCUGAACAGGAAAACGAUGCUCCGUGCCCACACCUCCGCCCACCAGAGGGAGCUGGUGAGCUCCGGCUUGGAUGCCUUCUUACUGGCUGGAGAUGUUUACAGGCGUGACGAGAUCGAUGCCAGUCACUACCCCGUCUUCCACCAGAUGGAGGGAGUCCGACUCUUCUCCAACCACGAGCUGUUCUCUCAGGUGCAGCACAGUGAGGAUCUGUCUCUGUUUGAGACUGGAGGUCGGAGGACGCCUCACAAACAGGAAACUCACUCUCUGGAGGCUGUGAAGCUGCUGGAGUUCAACCUAAAACACACUCUGACACGGCUCGUCACUCACCUGUUCGGACAAGACCUGCAGGUCCGCUGGGUCGACUGCUACUUCCCCUUCACUCACCCCUCCUUUGAGAUGGAGGUGCGUUUCCAGGGUGACUGGAUGGAGGUGCUGGGCUGCGGAGUGAUGGAGCAGGAGCUGCUUAACUCAGGUCAGAACAAGGCUGAUGUCCGUUUCCCUGUGUUUCUAUUGAUGACAGAGGAGACAAAUAUGAGAUCAAGAGCCAGAAAAAGGAAAAAGGAUAAAAGCAAGUGGUGGCAGAAGACGGAAGCUGGAGAGAAAACACAGUAGAGACAGAGAGUAUUGAGGUGAGGAGAAGAAAGGAUGGGAAGCAGGAAUACAGUGAAGGAAGGUUCUUGGAAAAAGAAAUGACAGAAGAGGAAAAGGAAAGAUGAAGGCUGAGACAAUAGAGAAGAUUUGCAAGUGAGACAAGAAGGGAAGACAAAUUAGUGGAGGAAACAAGAGAAGGAAGGAGGUGAAGGAGGAGCAGAAAUAAAAAGAGAGAAGAAAGGGCACAGAAGAGGAGGACAAGGAGGAGACGGGUCACAGAUCUGAUUGAUUGUGCGUGAUCAUGAAGUGGAGAUUUAUUCCAGCGUGUUCCCUCAUCUUCCGCAACCCCCUGACCCAAUGCUCAUUAGCAUAGAAACCACAUUCCCCAUCUGCUUAUUGGACCAGGAGCGACAAGACCAGGAUGUAAAGCAGGAAGUGUGUGUGUGUGUGUGUGUGUGUGUGUGUGUGUGUGUGUGUGUGUGUGUGUGUGUGUGUGUGCACGGGCGCUUUGUGGACUCAAGCACACACCUACGAGGGGGGGCAGGCAGGUUACGCAUCAACAUAAUAAGCAGAAGCAUUUCCAAUCAAAGCAGGUAAUUCUUCCUCCUGCUCGCUUGCUCGCUCGCCAUACGCCUCUUGCAUUUUUGUGUGUGUGUGUGUGUGUGUGUGUGUGUGUGUGUGUAUGCUCGUGGGUGUGUUUGUUCAUUAGUGGCAAGCCAUUUGAAUGCCCCCACGCACAAAUAUUUAGAAAAAUGUCCAGAUUACAUCCCAAGCCUCUCCUCCCACUCCUCACCCAGCUGCUGACCUCGGAAUAUGAGUCUGAAAGCCAAAUAACAGCCUGUGGCUGUGGCGCUGCUGCACACAACUAAUUAUUCCUGCAGAUUUGUGUAAAAGUCAUAAUAUAGGAAUGUAAUCUCUCCCUCAUUGGCUCUUUUUCUUUCUGCAGCGACACAUAAUGUUUCUCUACUGGGCUCAGUGUGACCAGCAGCAUAUUAACUAAACCUGCUGGUGGAAAACCCAACAUGUACCCAUCCAAACAAGCAUCAGGAGAG